AUGCACAAAAUCCUGAUUGUUUUCACAAUUUCCAAUUAAAAUAGUAACUAAUCACCACUAUCAUUUUCAUCCUAACCUACAUCAUGUUACAGAUAAUAAUAAACUAUUUAAACAUAAAUAAUUUAUCACUUGAUUAUUGUUAUGACUUCCUCAGAGCAUCGUUUCUCCUAUCUGAUAACAACCGCCACUAAAACAAAAGUAGCUUUUGAAGAAAUGGUUGGACAGACUCGUUCAAAGGUGUGAAGAUAAGAACGCCGGAAAACAAUAAGCUUGAAAGGCUGAAACAAAAAUUUACACCGAGAGCUUCUUGUACCCCAAGUAUCGUGAAGUGUUUAUUUGAUUGAAUGAUCCGAAAUUGCCCGUUUCGUGCCGCCCAUCGGAUAUAAAAUGUGUUAAUUAUCGAUUCUGAAAUUAAUUUUGAACGGCGAAAAAUACAUCAUUUCUGGUACGAUGGGUUCCCCUGCCACGUACCGCAAAUUUCGCUACCUGUUCGCAGUGCCGUGCUUCUUUCUGUUUUCAUCAACACUCAUCGUUGUACAGCAAUCACUCAUCAAGAACUCAGAAAGCUCACUUCUACAUCAAAAAAAUCGUCGACUCCUGGCAACAACUAAUGAAAGCAGCGAGGAGUGCAUCCCCUCCGGUAUACACUCCUUCCCAGAGGACUUCUUCACUCAGGAGGAGAGGCAAAAGGGGGGAGUCCUGGUGCAUUUCCUCAUCCUGUCUUACGUCUGUGCCAUGAUUGCUGUCGUGUGCGACGUUUAUUUCAUUCCUUCGCUAGAAAUCAUCGCAGACAAACUAAAACUGCCUCCAGAUGUCGCUGGUGCUACAUUUAUGGCUAUAGGAGCUUCAUCGCCAGAAUUGUUUUCAUCUAUAAUUGGAUCUUUUGUGACUGAAGGAGAUAUCGGAGUCGGUGCAGUUAUUGGCUCGGCUGUAUUUAAUAUACUAGGAAUCACAGGCGUUGCUGGAAUUGCGCUGUGGAAUGAGGUACUGGACAUCGACUGGUACCCAAUGGUCAGAGACUGCAUAGCUUACAGCAUCACUGUGCUUUGCCUCGUUGGGAUCAUAUACGAUAACAUAGUGACCUGGUGGGAGUCAGUAAUACUCCUAGGAAUUUUCUUCUUGUAUAUUUUGUUGAUGUAUUUUAACACGAGAGUAGAAAAGGCCACGAGAAAUUUAGCGAGACGAAUAGGCCCUGAUUCCUGUCUUUGUCGUUCUUGCCAAGAUAAAGCGACUGAGGAAGAAAAAACGCCUCUGCUAAAAGAAAAAACAUUCGUUCCGGAGCUCUACAGCUCUAAUGAAAAACCAGUCUUGCCAGCUGUGGAUAAUGUAAGCGUGAUUGUAUCCGAAUGCACCUAUCAAAAAGAUCCUCAAGGCAAUGAGAUAAUAGAAGAAACACAAUCCAAAGAAGAUGCAGAAGAUGAUGACGAACCAUCAUUGUGCUCACCACCCAGAACAGGUGUCAUACGGUUCCUGUGGUGGCUCGUGAUGUGGCCAGCAUCCCUGCUACUGACCCUCACUAUUCCAGACAGCAGCAACCCCAAAUGUAUAAAAGCCUUCCCGCUCACUUUCCUCGUCUCCAUAGCGUGGCUGGGAGUUUUGUCUUAUAUGGCUGUUUGGAUGGUUACAGUUAUCGGGUACACGUUAUCGAUUCCGGAUUCUGUGUCCGGUUUAACUAUCCUAGCGGUUGGAGCCAGUGUACCUGAUCUCAUUUCUAGCGUUCUAGUUGCUAAAAGUGGUCAAGGAAAUAUGGCGAUUAGCAAUCUUGUCGGUAGCAACAAUUUCGACAUAUCCAUCUGCCUCGGCGUGCCCUGGCUCGGAAAGACGCUGCUCUCUGGCGAAGGAUAUUUGAGGAUAUACAGUACUGUCUUGAGUUUCGCAGUCGCCGUUUUGCUCAUCACAUUGUUCAUCUUUUUCAUGAUAUUCCAACUGGCCGGUUGGAAGCUGAAUCGAAUGGUUGGUCUAACGUGUUUGUUAGUUUACGCCUUGUAUAUAAUCUUUGCUUGUUUGUUUGAGUUCAACGUCUUUGGUUACUUUAAUCCACCAACGUGUUAUCCUUAACGACAUGAGGAAUGUAUCCUAAUCACAAUGGAAAAAAACAAUGACCAAUCCUUUAUUUAUUUUUUUAAAUACUUGUAUUAUACUGGUGUUUUUUUUAUUUUAGAUAUCCAUCUGUAAUAAAACAAUUAAA